AUGGGAACAUCGUCCCUCUCCGUUCCCUCGCUGUGUGACCCUCCUGCUGUUUCCACCGGCAACAUUCCCUCUACACCUGUCCAAACCCCCCCAUCUCCCACCGAACCAGAACCAGCCCAAACCCCCUCAUCUCCCACCGAACCAGAACCAGCCCAAACCCCCCCAUCUCCCACCGAACCAGAACCAGCCCAAACCCCCCCAUCUCCCACCGAACCAGAACCAGCCCAAACCCCCUCAUCUCCCACCGAACCAGAACCAGCCCAAACCCCCUCAUCUCCCACCGAACCAGAACCAGCCCAAACCCCCUCAUCUCCCACCGAACCAGAACCAGCCCAAACCCCCUCUGCUCCCACUGAACCAGAACCAGCCCAAACCCGCUCAUCUCCCACCGAACCAGAACCAGCCCAAACCCCCUCAUCUCCCACCGAACCAGAACCAGCCCAAACCCCCUCUUCUCCCACCGAACCAGAACCAGCCCAAUCCCCCUCAUCUCCCACUGAACCAGAACCAGCCCAAACCCCCCCAUCUCCCACCGAACCAGAACCAGCCCAAAGCCCCUCAUCUCCCACCGAACCAGAACCAGCCCAAACCCCCUCAUCUCCCACUGAACCAGAACCAGCCCAAACCCCCUCAUCUCCCACUGAACCAGAACCAGCCCAAACCCCCUCAUCUCCCACUGAACCAGAACCAGCCCAAACCCCCUCAUCUCCCACCAAACCAGAACCAGCCCAAACCCCCUCAUCUCCCACCGAACCAGAACCAGCCCAAACCCCCCCAUCUCCCACCGAACCAGAACCAGUCCAAACCCCCUCAUCUCCCACCGAACCAGAAUCAGCCCAAACCCCCUCUGCUCCCACCGAACCAGAACCAGCCCAAACCCCCUCUUCUCCCACCGAACCAGAACCAGCCCAAACCCCCUCUUCUCUCUCUGCUCCCACCGAACCAGAACCAGUCCAAACCCCCUCAUCUCCCACCGAACCAGAACCAGUCCAAACCCCCUCAUCUCCCACCGAACCAGAACCAGCCCAAACCCCCUCAUCUCCCACCGAACCAGAACCAGUCCAAACCCCCUCAUCUCCCACCGAACCAGAACCAGUCCAAACCCCCUCAUCUCCCACCGAACCAGAACCAGUCCAAACCCCCUCAUCUCCCACCGAACCAGAACCAGUCCAAACCCCCUCAUCUCCCACCGAACCAGAACCAGCCCAAACCCCCUCAUCUCCCACUGAACCAGAACCAGCCCAAACCCCCUCUGCUCCCACCGAACCAGAACCAGCCCAAACCCCCUCUUCUCCUACAGAACCAGUCCAAACCCCCUCUUCUCUCUCUUCUCCCACCAAACCUGCCUCUCUCUCCCCCACCAGGAAAGUCCCUUCUUCCUCUCCCACGGAACAAGCGUCCCCUUCCCCAUCCUCCCCCGUCAAACCCGUCACCUUCUUCCCGUUCUCUUCCCCAACCAAACAAGAAUCUCCCUUUCCAUCACCCGUUCAUCCAACCCUGUUUCCCUCUCCUCCCUCGACACCUCCCAGAUCCACAACCCCGCCCUCUCCCACUGGUCCUCCCUCUCCCACUGGUCCUGCCUCUCCCACUGGUCCUCCCUCUCCCACUGGUCCUCCCUCUCCCAGCCAUUUACCUGCUGAAGAGCUAAUGGAGACGAUGUAAAUGUGUCGCCAUCUCGCCCCCACUACUUCUUACAAGUGUCAGAAAACAUUAUCCGAGGAGGUUAAAACUCCAUCUUGAGCUUUUCCUGUAGCUGUAAACUGAGCCAGUCGACCGCUGUGUCCAUAUUUGUAUCUCUCUCUCCUCCCACUCAUUUCCAGAGACGGAGGAUACAAAUCGUUUUCCAAGCGUUUGUCAGUUUGUAUAUAUGUUUGUAUUUAUUACUCGAGGAUUUGUAGAAAGGGAGUGAACUGAAUGCAUCACUGUUAUGAGGUGUUUGUCUUAGUAGUUACACGUUAAUGUGAAUUAUUUUAUUUAUUAUCCCAUUUUGACUGCCUGUCGCUCUUUUGUAAAUAGUUCUGCAUUACUCACACACCAUUGUGGACUCCUCUUGCUUCAGCAGUGACACUAGGUCCAUAACACAUACAAGUAUUUCAACAUAUUAAACAUCUGAAAUUGCAAGCCUCGCUACCUGUAAUCCAACUUUUAGCACGAUCAGUAUUUGUGAGACCCCGGUCAGCUGAAUGGUAAUACGUUGAUAAAUAAAGGUACUGCCUAACCAAGCAUCUAAUAACGAGAAGGGCUAUGCUUUGUUUGUUAAACAUGUCAUCUCUAUUUGGAGAUGUUAUGCAUUUGUGUGCCUUUUUAAAAUGAUGCUGGUAAAAAGCAGAUCUGCUCACGUUGACACACACCGCUGUUUACUUUAAAUUUAAAGAGAUAAUCAACAUUUCUUUUCCUGUUACCACUAGUUCAGUGGUUCCUAACCCCCAUAAAAAGUAUGUUGUCUACUUCUGACCCCUUGUUAUGAAUUUAUCUGCAUUGUGGCCAUUUCAACCAAAGAUUUAUUUAUAUUUAAUGACAUUUAAGGGCCGAAAGAAAAGGAAAUAUCAAUUAAUUCAAAAGCACAAAGCAAACAAAAUAUAUAUAUAUAUAUCGCUAUAAUAAAUCCUUCUUUGCUCUCCUGUUAAUCACCUCAGAUGUAUUGAUCUCCCAGACUCCUCAGGUGUGGCUCUUGUUAUUUAUCCUUGCAGAAAGCGUUGGGUUACUUUGCUGAGCUUAUGAGAUAUCAGAGAUGUACGUCACCACAACACAAUGGAGGAACUUAGUUUGUGGUACUUGGAAGAUUUCUUUUAAUAUUUACAAUUUUUAAAAAGUUACAGCUGAGUGUCUAUUUUAUCUUUGUUUUCAAUUUAGUUUGUAGAAUUCAUUGUAUUGGGUAGGAACUAGGAAGUUAUUUUAGAUAAAACCAAAUAAUUUCCGUGCACCCACUGAAACUUAGACAUACUGACGCAUUAAUCCAAAUGCUGUUUAUGUCCUUAAUGUGUACAUCGUGAAGAACCUUAGUUGUCCACUUUUGAUUUGUUUGCCUUUGUGUGUGAGCAGUUAAAGUCCCUGGGUGACUGCUGUAGAUAAACAAUAGAGAAACAGACUUUAAACUGCAGGUUUGUUUCUAAAGGACUUUUCAGAACUGUGAAGUCAGUUCUGCACAGAAAAGACAAACUAAACUCAGAAUACCAGUUGAUGUAAUUCACUUAAAAUCCGACACUGCGGUUUGCAUGAAACAAGUCAGCGCAGCAGUGGGUUUUGAUCUGGGUUUGAGUUGUUGACAUGGUAACAGGUAUGUGCUUGACUGCAAAAUGGGACUUUUGUUUUGUUAUGUGCACUUCCUGUUGUAAUCUCCAGAGCGUUUAUCCCGCUGAGUCGUGACCUCAACAUGCCUCUUUGCCUCUCCAGGACUUCCAGCUGCAUGCGUACUCCAUUCCACUUCCUGCCUCAGUCAGUCAAAACCCUCAGUCAGUUGAUUCAAGUUAUCAUGUUGCUUCCUCUUAUAUAUUUAAAAGUAGACUUUGAUCUGCAGUUUGUAAAGGGAAUUUGUAUGAAAAGUUUGAAACCAGGUUUAUCAUCCGUGUCAAACUGGAGCAAUGUUCUUAAAUAUGCAUCGAGUGGCUGCUUUUAAUGUCCCGUUUAGAAACAGCAAAACAAUGCAAUAAAGACUUCAAAUGAA